UCACUUGGAUGACUAAAGGCCAUCACUACUCAGCCGUUCUCCGUCUCCCCACUAAACAGCCCCGAGGAUUUGGAAUAACGCCAUGCCAUCGCUACGGCUGUGAAUUGUUUGUUUCCCACAGAGCGCUGAAAGGAUUUAUUCGGCUGUUGUAAUGCGAGCAUUCUGGAUUACCGGGAUUAUUGUUUAACACCGAAUAAAGAUGGAGAGAUGAGGUAGCGUUCUCGUGAUGCUCAAUAAUGGAUGGACAAGAAACGACAUAGCCAGUAUCAUGAAACACAUUUGCUUGGUCUUCGUUGUGAGCACAUUACUCGCAACAAAAUGCUCAGGUCAGAUCAACCGUCCUCCCGAAUUUCUGAAAGGAACAGACAUGGACAAGUUUUCUCUAAGAGAAGACACCCCAAUCGGUUCUCCGGUAUACACCUUGCGAGCGAGGGACCCAGAAAAUUCCCCCGUCAAUUAUUACAUCAGUGGCGAUACAUUUUCCGUGGACAAAGACUCUGGUGUAGUCAAACUCAUCCGUCAGCUGGAUAGAGAAGUUGAAAAUACCGUAGACGUUAUCAUCAGUAUCACAGACGAAAGCGUAGCUGGACUACCACCUAAUACGAUAUCCAUUAAAAGAGAGAUCACGAUAUUAGACCAAAAUGACAAUCCGCCAAAGUUCCAGAACGUGCCUUAUUCAUUUUCUGUAGAAGAAACAAUGCCAAUAGGAGCUGUCGUCUUUAAGGACAUCAUCGUUACAGACGCUGACAUCGGUGCCAAUGCUGAAAUAAAACUCUCAUGCCAGAGCGAAGUAACCCCAAACGCCUGCCAAAAAUUUGAAAUUCGUGGUACUAUUAUCACCAGUGGCCGAGUUCGAGGAGAGAUAAUCUUGUUGGAGCUUCUAGAUUAUGAAGAACAAAGUUCUUACACUAUGUCCAUUGUUGCUGAGGAUUUAGCGGAAACAGGAAGUUUAAAAUCAACUACUAAUGUAAUAAUUGAUAUUAAAGAUGUUCAAGAUCAACCACCUGUCUUCCAAAAUGCACCUUUCACCGCUACAGUUAUGGAGAACAGCAUCCAGGGAACAUCAGUCUUAAAUUUAGCAGUCCAUGAUGGCGACACCGGUGACCCAAGGGAUCUGGUUUUAAGGAUAGAAAAUGAUGAGAAAGAAUAUUUUCAAUUAGGACCCACUUCUACUGACAAUCGCAAAAUUGUUACUGCUAUAUUAGAAACAAAUAAUCCGAUUAAUCGCGAAGAUAUCGGAAUUUUGGAUAACGGUGGACUUUACGUGUUUCAGAUAAAGGCAAUUGAAGUGGUGAAUGGCUUGCCAGUGGGAGAGUCUACUACUGCUAAUGUCACUAUCGUAGUUGGGGAUGUCAAUGACCAGCCACCGAUUUUCAAUGAAAAGGAAUUCAACGUUACGAUCUCUGAAGAUAUUGGGCCCCACACGCCUUUGCCUGGCCUCAAUAUUGUAGUGACUGAUACUGAUGUGGGUGACAACGCUAAAUUUAAUCUCGAGUUAGAAGACGUGUUGAACUCCGAUGGAAUGUUCGCCGUUUUCCCAUCUGAAGCUAUUGGCAGGACACCUGUGAUCAUAAGGAUUAACAAUGCCAGCGCAUUGGAUUACGAAAUACCAGAGAAAAGAAUAUUCAUCUUUAAAGUAAAAGCGGUUCAAGAAGGUUACAAAAGUGAUUUCGCAACUGUGACCGUCAUGUUAACGGAUGCCAACGAUAAUGCACCUGUAUUUAAAAGUGACCAGUAUAUUUUACAAGUACCUGAAGAUGUUAUUCCUGGCACUAAUAUAUUCACACUAACAGCUCACGAUGCCGAUAGUGGCGACUUUGGAAAAGUGACUUAUGCUAUCAAAGGUUUUGGAUCAGAUAAAUUUCAAGUUAUUCCUAACACUGGAGAAAUAAUAGUCAGCAACUGCGAUAAAUCUUCGUGUUUAGACUACGAAUCACAGAAAAGUUACUCCUUGACGUAUGAGGCUGCAGAUGGGGGAGGGAGAGUAACUACGGUCAAUCUCUUUAUGGAAAUCGCAGACAUCAACGACAACGCUCCUCAGUUCACAAAAGAUGUCUAUACUCACGAGGUGCUCGAAAACACCAGCAAAAUUCUGCCACCCUUAUUCAUAAAGGCUACAGAUUCAGACGGACCUACACAAGGCGAUGGGAAAAUUACAUACGGUAUUAUAUCUAAUGAUUUAUUGGACAUGAAUGCAAUAAUGAUUGAACCAGACACUGGAGAAGUGAUUCUUCGAAGGCCACUAAAGCAUUCUGAGACACCGAAUGGAAAUGGAUUGCUAACUAUCGUCAUACAGGCUACCGAUGCCGGAACCCCACCUUUGUCUUCUACUGCUAAAUUAAUUCUCAAGGUGAAGAAAGAAAAUGAUGGUGCUCCGGAAUUCAUCGGUCUGCCUUACAGAGCUCAUGUAAAAGAAAAUGCAGUUGGUGGCACGAGUGUUAUAAAAAUCGUUGCUUCCGAUCCUGAUGGACCCGAUGCUGGGAUUCGAUAUUUUAUCCACAGUGGUGCAAAAGACAACUUUAUCCUGGAUCAGAAGUCGGGAUUAAUCAGUGUGGCCCCUGGUGCAGAUUUGGAUCGAGACUUAUACGGAACGGAGUACAGUAUACUGGUCCAAGCAGUCGAUUCUGGAAUUCCUGUUCACCAAACGGCGUCUGCGACUGUUCUGGUUUCGGUUGAAGAUGUUAAUAAUAAACCACCAAAAUUUCUAGAAGAAUCUUAUGUACAGUACAUACCCGAAAGUACAAAUAUAGGUGAAGAAGUUUUAACUGUCGAAGCAAGUGACCCAGAUGAAGGUGCCAAAUUAAGAUACUCUAUCGUGGAACCCAUAGUUGCUCGAGAUAAAACCGGCUCUUUUGUAACAUCUUCGUCGUAUAAUUACAAGGCAGCCUUCAGAAUUGAUGGAACAACAGGGAAAAUUACGGUUAACCAACCACUGGAGUAUAAUUCUGCCUCUGUUAUAAUCUUAACAGUUGAAGUUGUUGAUCUCAAUGCUGUCGACGUUACGUUUGGCAAACAGCAGAAGGCAUCAGUUGAAGUCACCAUUUACGUCAGAGCCCACGGAGAGAUGAAUCCAGUUUUUUCUCCACCUUGGAUUCAAGCUAAUCCUGUUAUUGAAAUAACUGUGCCCGAGGAGACAUUGAUAGGCUCAACACUUCUAACUUUAUCUGCCAGAGAUCCUCUAACUCAUGCAGUCGUUAACCAUUUUGAGAAGAUUUUGGGAUCAGAUCCUGACAAUUAUGUCUCUGUUAGUCCUGUAUCGGGUAUGUUUGCCAAAAUUUAA